AAAUCGGAUGAAAAACUCCAAAUGUUUACCAAAUGAGCGGCGACAAAUACGCGACCAAUUGACGAGAUCGUGUGUGUUUUUCCCAAUUAAACGGUGAGUGUGCGAUAGAGAUGGAGUUGUAAAGUAUGCAGUCAAAUCAAAGUGCGGCAAAAAAGUCUAAAGGUGAAAAAGUCAUUAAAAAAAGAAAGCAAAAUAGAAUUGCUCUGUGGAAUAUAAAAAUAUAUAUACAUACAUACAUAUAUAUGCAAGGAGACGACGCGCAGCGAAAAAGGAAUUUUUUGUGUACUACGGUGGCGCUUUGUUGUUGCUGUUGUUGUACGCGUCGUGCAUUUGCUUUUGUUUUGUGUUUUAUAUGUUAUUGCCUUUGCUUUUGCCUUUGCUCCACGGUGUUUUUGUGAUUGGAAAACUAAGAAAGGAAAGCAGGAAAACCAAGCAAAGAAAAUAAAAACCGAAAUUGAAUAAGAAAAUUGUCCAUUUUCGUUUUCCAUGCCAGAGAAAAGUGAAAAGAUUAAUUUACUAAGCAAAGCGGCAAAACUGUAUGUGUGUAUGUGUGUGUGUGUGGGCGGUUGAGUCUGCGUGUGCUUGUGUGUGUGGCUGUGUCUCUAGUUUUUACAAUUCCCACUGCACACGCUGUUUCGUGUUGGAUUAUUGGAUUAUACCGCCAAUAACGGCACACGCACAGCAACAACAACACCUAUAAAAACAACAAAAAGCGAUAAGGGAGAGCAGACGACGCUGGGAUUAAUCAUUAAUGUCCUGAGAGAUAAGGAACAGGACUUCAGAAGAACAAGAACAAGGAGAAGACAGGAAGAGGAUGCAGCAGACGGACAGAAGAAGGCGAGAAAAGAUACCAGUCCGUUCCACUUCUCCAGCUGGAGCCGAAACCCUUCGUCCUGUCAUGCGUCCCUUUCUACUAAUUGCUUUGUGUGCGGAGCUCCUGGCUCCGCCGUGCCCUCACUAAGCAGGAUCCUUCCACACCCAAGGCUCAAGAUACUUACCCGCGACGAAGAUACAUACCUGGCGAACUGCAGCUGUGCAGCCUGCAUUAUUUUCCCGGAGGACUGGAAGGAGGACUGGAAGAGGGAAACCCAACGCCAACGCGUCUCGUCGACUGUCAUGUGCGAGUUUUGUGGCCCCUAACUAAGGCGCCUUGCAUAAAUUUACGCCAGAGGAUAAGCCAAAAAAAGGGAGAUGUGAAGAAUACUGGCAGGGCAAACAUAAAGCAAUUUUAUGCGUUUUUAAAAUGCGGCAAUUGACUGAAACAACAAAAGCGAACUGAGACGAGUGGAAAAUUCAGGCAGGCCGCAUGUGAGCACGUUUUCCGCUUUUCCGAAGGGUAAAUCAAAUACGAGGCCCAGACCGCAUCGAAAGGAACAAGUACCCAAUACCCGCUGCCAUAUCUCGGUCGCUGAUAAGCAAUAUAACGCAAAUGCUUGAUGGUUUGUUGACGACCAACAAAAGUUCUUGAGCGUGUGUGUAAACAUUGGCCCGCCCGUCCUGGAAAUGCUGAAAAACAGAAAGCAGCAGGCAGCAGGCAGCAAGGACAUCGAAGGAGCCAGCGCUUAUAAAUGCGCUACAGUUACAAAUUGUAGCCACAGCUGUGCGUGUGUGUUCUGCUGCUGUGCGGCACAUGUGCGCUCUAAACCAUUUAUAAAUGUAACAAAAGCAACGCACACACGCCAACGCCAGCAACGCCAGAAAAGCGAAACGGGAAAAGUCUGGGAAAACAGUGAAAAGCUGAAAGCUCUUGGCACAAGUGCAAUGCAUAAAUAUAAACAAAGGGAUACGAACUGAAGACAGCGAAAACACGAUACAAGGUAGCAUCGUCCACAAUUAGCGCCAUCGUAGCCAGGGAGCCAAGAAACAACCAAUGGAACAUGUUGAUGCCGGUGCGGGAGUACAACAAGCACACAGCCAAAAUACCAAACUGCAAGAUGAGGCAGCGGCCAACGCUUAGGGCCACCUUCGCAUCCCUGCUGCUGCUCCUCCACGUGGCCCAGACGCUCGACCCGGCGGCUGCCAGUAGUUCGGCCGGAGGAAGUGGUGCCGCAGCGGCCGGAGCCGCAGGUCCUGCCGCGUCCGGUGGAGCGGGCGGCGGGAGUCUGAGCAGUGGACUCAGUGGACCCACUCUCAUUGCCAAUCUCACGGAACAAGGCAGUCCCGGUGUGUAUAACUCGACAAUGGGUUAAUGCUAACUAGCGCAUAUAUAGUAUAAGCAUGGCAUUUAGGUGGCACUUUGCUGACCUUUUUACCUUUUGGCCCUCCACCUAAACGACGUCGCCAUUUCGGUGUUUGCAAGAGGUUUAUGCGCGGUCCUUUCUAUGAAAAUCGCUUAGCAGAACAUCCAUUUCGAGCCAACUAAUAAAUGAAAUUGCAUUGCCCAGUUUAUGAUUUUAAACAAAUAUUACUAUGUUUCGAGACAAGCGAGACGCGAAAUGAAAACGAAUUCAUGAUAAUCUUACCAUGAACUUGGAAGGUAUGUCCGUUCCGAUGUUUGUGUAUUUCCUCGUGCGCAUUUCCGGUUUCUGCGGGGGUGGCAAACUAUUAGCCACUUGGCGCCCACUCCCCACCGCCACUGAAGCAAAACACUAAGCAUCAAUUAACCCAAUUUUCAGAAUCCAUUUUCACCUGCAGUUACGCUUUCAGCUCAUAGCUCCGCGUGUUUCACAGCUCCAUACUUCAUACACGAGUAUAUGCCUUGCUAUGUUUUCAGAAAGCGAGUUGCUCCUUUGCCCUUUUCUGCCAGCAAAUACCCAAGUGGCGGCGCUGAAACCACCGCCCAUGUCCCAAUCCCCAACCCACCUAAUCCUAUAGGUUUAAUGCCGGGCACUGUUGUCCAGACUUUUUCGUGUUCCGUGCCGUUUCUUCCUUUCCUUCACAGGCGGUGGCGCUGUUGUUGUAGUUUGGUUUGGAUUGGUCACUGGAUCUGGACUGGAAAUGGAAAUGGAAAUGGAGUGGAAGCUGAAAUCAUAAUUAAUCCAUUGAUUUUGAACUUUUUCAGCUUAAAUAAUUCGCACAAAUCAUUUCAGCAAUAAAUACGAGUUCUUUCGCAGCAUUUAACAAUGAAUAUUUCAGCAAACAAGAGUUUUUUCAGCCAAGGUUCCCUUAUUUGUUUUAAAUAACAUGGGAUCCAAUUACAAAUUGAUGAGCAGGUAAUGAACGCAGCAAGAAAAAAUUUAAUCAUUUUAAUUUGGAAGCGCCACUGUUGCAAGCUUUGAUUUGCAUGUAAAGUCAUAAAUAAUUCAUUUUAACACAUUCAACAUUUAUGAAUAUUUUUUCCUGUGCUCUUAUAUUCUAGCUGUCGCUAUUAAUCAAAUUACACGUUUACUACAUGCAUUUUUAAAUUGCUUAUUUAUGUCGCUACGUUUAUGCAGCCGCCUGGAAAUUUUGUGUGGCAGAGUGUCAUAAACUGCAGAAUACGGGUGGCUUGAUUGAUUCUCCCAGUCAAAAAUAGGCGAGGCCAAUAAAUCUGCAGGGAUCUAACUACACUUGGGAUACAUUCCGGAACUUCUGGAUCUCUGCUGCACAACUCCAGAUACGCGAAUAGAAAUUAUUUAUAAAAACGUAAAUCCUUAAAGUGCAGCAACAAAGCUGAAAGGUCAACUUCUUUAAAGUAAUUCUUAAAAUUUCUUUAAAUAGUUGCUUGCCGAAUAAAGUCUGCUUAUAUGUUUAGAAUUUUUGAUAAAAACUAUAUUAUUUGAAAAAUGAAAUGCCUGUACUCAAACAAUUAUAUAUUCAAUUGUCAACGAUAUUGGAGCAGAAAUUGUCGAAUUAAUGCCUGCAUAAAUUGUAAAAGUGACUACAGAAAAUGGUAGUAACUAAUUUUGCAACUGUGUUAACUAGCCUUAAGAUCUGGAAAUAAAAACUCAUUUAUUAAACACUGGAAA